UGGCGGGAAGCACAGACCGUGUCUAAGACUAGCCAGUUGUCGUUUGGCAGUCGCAACGACCAGUCAGCUGGCAGCUAGCUGAGGGGCUACCACUACGCAGGGCGUCAGCAGUUACGGAUUCACGGACAACACCACGCCAAGUAAACCAAUCUGCAACUGGUAUAAACCGCAAGUGGUUGCUUAAGAGAUCUCUGCAGAUAAUACGACGGGGAUAUACUAACUCGACUUUUGAAACCACUUUUCCUCGAACAUCAUAACACGUACAGGGUUGCAGAAUGGCUACAGGAUUAGCUACCUUCAUGGACGGCUACAACACCUUCAUGGAGACCAAGAGUGAUCCCCGUACAAAGGACUGGAUGCUUAUGAGUGGGCCAGUCCCCUUGCUGACAAUCCUCAUCACCUAUUUCUAUUUCUGCACCACCGCCGGUCCGCGUUGGAUGAAGGACCGCAAGCCGUUCGACCUAAAGUACGUGCUCAUGGUAUACAACGCGUUCCAAGUGGCCUUCAGCAUCUGGCUUGUGCAUGAGGGCCUGCAGGCAGGAUGGUUACGAGACUACAGCUAUAGAUGUCAGCCUGUGGAUUAUUCUGAUAACCCUCUUGCACUCAGGAUGGCGCACGCAUGCUGGUGGUACAUGUUCUGUAAAAUUGUGGAACUUCUAGACACGGUUUUCUUCGUACUGCGGAAGAAGAAUAAGCAGGUUUCUUAUCUGCACCUGUAUCAUCACACUCUGAUGCCUAUUUGUGCCUGGAUUGGCGUCAAGUUCCUUCCAGGUGGGCAUGGAACUCUCCUCGGCGUCAUCAACUCUUUUGUUCACAUCAUCAUGUACGCUUACUACCUGCUGGCAGCCCUCGGGCCGGAAGUGCAGAAAUAUCUCUGGUGGAAGAAAUACCUAACAACUCUUCAGAUUGUGCAGUUUUUCAUCGUGUUCCUUCAUUCGGCCCAGCUACUUAUAUAUGAAUGCAACUACCCCAAGACCAUUGUGUUUCUACUGCUAAUCAAUGCCCUCUACUUUGUGUACCUGUUCACCAUGUUCUACAAGAAAACGUAUCGCUCAAAGAAGGAUGUAUAGAACAAUUGUAUCUUAGUGUAUGUGUGUGUGCGUGUAAGUUUGAGCGCGAGUGUGUGCUCGUGAUUAAGAUAAAAUAUUAUUAUCAAUGCGAUUGUAGCACAGCAAAUUGUGAUUCUGGCCAGGAAGCAUAAAUAACAUUAUAAAACAAGUCUGUGACAAUAGCACGAGUCGUGGAGACACAGCUACCAGAGGAAGACAUUCUUACUAAAAUUCUAACAAUGCACGUCCCUUCCAUGGGAUUGAAUUCAAUUCUUCCGUAGAAAUUAUCUAAUUCUUAGGUAUGAAGACUAAUGGGCAGAUAUCAGAGGAUCCCUAAAGAUACUGGAACUUGUAGGAAAGCACAGUUCUGUGAAAUGAAAUAAUACGAGUAGGUACUAUAUUUUGCAGCUGUUGGCUGCUUUCCUCUCACUUGCUUAUAAUAAAUAAUUUAAAGUUGUAUGCGAAAAGGGUUACGAGCCUACGAAUUAUUAUGCCCUACAUUACAUGCUAGCUCAAGUGUGUACUUCGUAGACAGUAAGUUAAUAACAAAUAUUUCGCAGUAAAAGUAAUGAAAAUUCGGCACACUCUAGUAUUAUCCUCAAAUCUUACAUAGUAUUAUCAAUACUCGUCGCCCUUUCCAGACACUGUCCUCUGAACGGCCUUUCUGCAGUAUUCUCUUGAGCACUGCGGUUCAGCGCGGUUCUUUCGUUCUGUCGGUACAUAUUUAUAAAAUCUGGUACGCGAUUCGUGUUUCAUUAUACGAAAAUAUCACAGAUUACGGAACCUAACCAAAGGACAGUUUUGAGUGCACUCACUUGAAGCUGUAAGAAGCCUACUUCCACACGAUCAAUUUUACACAUUCUUAAUUUUAUAAAAUUCAGAGAGAAAUCUUUGAAUCAUCUGUUCUUUAGAAGAGAAUAUGGCGUUUAAAUCUGUACAACCUACUGCUUAUACAAGUGUGACAGACGAUAGAUGGCGGGCCAUCGGCGGCCCUAUCGAAACAUAACUUUGUUACACCGUUGUUUAUGUGAAGCACAGCCGUUCCAAGGUCCAACGCGCAUAAAUUUACCUGUAAUAUGCGUGAAGGCGUCUUUCCUUUCUGAUACUUAUUUGGCUUACAUCACGUGAUUCAAUUUUUCUCCUAAAUAUUUGAAGAUAUUUUUCGAAACACCAAAGUUGUCGACCUUCUAACAAAUGUGUGUUUGAAUAUUCUGCGUGCGUCUUUCAUUAUUUCUCUGAAACAGCCGCUUUUCUCUUUGUUUUAAGGAGAAACAAUUUUGAUGCUUAUAAUUUCACAAAAUGCAACACAUCGUAAUUAUUUACUUCAACUCUGUAAGCCAUGUGAGAUAAACGCACGACGCAGAACUAUACUUAAAAAUGAUUUAAUGCAUUUCACUCAGUAUAAAUUUUACACAAUAUUUUACAUGCCACUUUUCUAUGAAGGGAGGUGAAAUACCUAUGAUUACGUGUAUCUCAGUUAUGCAAUUGAAAUAUACAUCUAGGAAAAUGUCUUAUAAAGUCUACGUCUUAAGUUUUUCACUGUGUAUUAUUAGGUUACCAGCAAAAAUAAAAUAAUAAUUACAUAUUUGA